AUGAGUCAAGCAAUGUGUUUGAACGUAUCAGAGGCGCUGUGGUGCAACCCGCGCCCGGGACCUGCAAUCCCUUCACCCCAGUGCAACCCUUCACCCGCAAAGGGCCUGCAACCCACCCAGUGCAACCCCGCCGGACCCUGCAACAACCUUCACCCCAGUGCAACCCCUCGCCCGGACCUGCAACCCUUCACCCCAGGGCAACCCUGCCCGGGACCUGCAACCCUUCACCCAGUGCAACCCCGCGCCCGGGACCUGCAACCCUUCACCAGUGCAACCCCGCCCCGGAACCUGCAACCCUUCACCCAGUGCAAACCCCCGCCCGGGACCUGCAACCCUUGCCAGUGCAACCCGCGCCCGUGCCCUGCAACCCUUCACCCCAGUGUGCAACCCCGCGCCCGGGACCUGCAACCCUUCACCCCAGUGCAACCCGCCCGGACCUGCAACCCUCACCCCAGUGCAACCCCGCGCCCGGGACCUGCCCCUCACCCCAGUGCAACCCCGCGCCCGGGACCUGCAACCCUUCACCCCAGUGCAACCCCGCGCCCGGGACCUGCAACCCUCACCCAGUGCAACCCCGCCCGGACCUGCAAACCCCAGUGCAACCCCGCCCCACCUGGUGCAAACCCCGCGCCCCUGCAACCCUUCACCCCAGCAACCCCGCGCCCGGGUGCAACCCUUCACCCCAGUGCAACCUGCCGGGACCUGCCCUUCACCCCAAGUGCAACCCGCGCCCGGGACCUGCACCCUUCACCCCAGUGCAACCCCGCGCCCAGGACCUGCAACCCUUCACCCCAGUGCAACCCCGCGCCCGGGACCUGCAACCCUUCACCCCAGUGCAAACCCGCGCCGGGACCUGCAACCCUCACGCCCAGUGCAACCCCCGCGCCAGACCUGCAACCCUUCACCCCAGGUGCAACCCGCGCCCAGGACCUGCAACCCUUCACCCCAGUGCAACCCCCGCGCCCGGGACCUGCAACCCUUUCACCCCAGUGCAACCCCGCGCCCGGGACCUGCAACCCUUCACCCCAGUGCAACCACCCCGCGCCCAGGACUGCAACCCUUCACCCCAGUGCAACCCCGCCCCAGGACCUGCAAACCCUUCACCCCAGUGCAACCCGCGCCCAAACCUGCAACCUUCACCCCAGUGCAAAAGCCUGCAACCCCUCACCCAGUGCAACCCCGCGCCCGGGACCUGCAACCCUUCACCCCCAGUGGCAACCCCGCGCCCGGACCCUUGCAACCCUUCACCCCAGUGCAACCCCGCGCCCUUAG